UUCUUCGAGACCUUUCGUGCAUGUAUGCUCCGAUCAACGAACACUGUUGAGCUCUCAACAUCGGGACUGUCCAGAGCAGCAGAACUCCUCCUUCCAGUGUCAUGGCAUCUCCAGUCGCAUCGACCAGUACGGGGCGAGGGUUGUGGAGCGCCGCCCUGUCUACCCCAGCGCAGCUGCGCACUCCCCGGGCCCUUUUCGCCCCUGCAGCCGCGCAAGUUCGGCACUCGCACGUCGGGUCAGCACCCCUUUACGUACCCCCAGGCACCUCUCUCACAAUCCUCCCCACACCGCCACGCCCGAAUCCAACCAGGCCAGUCCCUGAUGCUCUCAAGAAGGCGCAGACGAUCGUUGUCGAGGGCCCGCUGGGCAAGUGCAUCGUCCCGUUGCACGAGUGCGUCCGUCUGCGCUGGGAGUCAGGCGCGCAAGAGCAGACCAAAGGAAAAGGAAAAGCAGCUUCUGCCGCUCAGACAGAGCAACCUUCUGCUGCCAGUCCAGUGAAGAGUGGAAAGGAGAACGCGAGCGGCGAACCGCAGAAGCUCACCGUCUCGGUGCUCGAUCCUCAGCAAAAAACACAGCGUUCCAAAUGGGGCCUGACACGCGCUCUACUCAACAAUGCGCUUGAAGGUGUACAGGAAGGACAUUCACUCAUUCUGCGCUUCGUCGGUGUUGGAUAUAGAGGCGCGGUAGAGGACGAGCCUUUCGCUGCAGAGGUCGAUCUGGGGGAUGGCAACAUGGGCAAACCGAAGAGACUCAACCUGAGGCUCGGCUACUCGCAUCCUGUCGUCAUCCCCAUCCCACAAGGCAUCACCGCCACCAUGCCGCAGCCGACUCGCAUCGUGCUCAAGGGGACAGACAAGGAGAAGAUCGGCUUGUUUGCAAGUCAAAUCCGCGCAUGGAGAAAACCAGAGCCGUACAAGGGCAAAGGCAUUUUUGUUGGCGAGGAGACCAUCAAGCUUCGCACAGCGAAGAAGAAGUAAAGAGUUUGAGCUGUAUUCGCCAUGCAUGGCAGUCAUGCAUUCCACAGAUCGCACCUUCUACCAUUCGUGCGUCUCGUUUCAAGUGCUGCCGAAUGCUGCAUGCAGAAUUGUGUAUUCUACUGUCACCAGGGCGGUCCCUCCUUUCGGAGAUUAUCCCCGCUACAUCGCGCCACGACUUCACGCAGCAU